AUGUAUGCCGAAUACGCUGUCCCUGAAGAAGAUCUUCACAUUCGUCGGACUUGGCAGCAUGUGCUUUUGCAGAACCUCGUGACAGGAGAGUUGGUGGUUUUGAAAGACACACAGUCCUGCAAGGAGUGUGAUCUCCUGGCAGGGCCUCGUGGGUUUGUAAUCCGGCUUGUGGAUCUGGAUGGAGAGAAGAAUGAGAUGCCAGCCCACGAGCAGUUGAGGUACGAGAAGGUCGCUGAUCAAAUUCGAGACAAAGUGGAGGGGACCACCGAGAGGUGGACAACAGCUGCAGCUGCUGUGAAAGGCUGUGCGAUCAAGUUACAAGCCCAUGGUCAACAAGUCUUCACUUGCGAAAUCUCGGCCUUCAAAAUUCCCCGAGCAGCUGGGGUGUCAGGCUCAUUAUUUCCCCAUCUCAGGUGGCUCGUGGCAUUUUGUGGAGGUCAUCAGAACAAGAACUUUGUUGGUGCAUCCUCAGAGUCCUGGCACUUCAAAGUGGGCCAGUACCUUGCUGCUUUGGAAGGCGAAGAGGAGGACCUGGGUCCGGAGGAACUCAGGAAAAGGGUCCAAACUCACUUCGUUGUCAGUCGCAAAGCAGCAGUCGCGGCCAAGGCCAAGGCAAGGAGCAGGAAGCGAAAACAGCCCGAGGAGGAGGAGGAGGACGAGGGGGAGGAGCAGCAGGUUGAUGAGUCAGCCGAAGCUGACCCCGGACCUGCAGGCGAGUACUCGGCUUCCUUUUUCACAAUUGGUGUCCUGCUGCUGCACUGGAGUACGAGGAAGCUCCACGAACGGAGUCGCUGGAAGGGGAGCAAGGAAGCUGUGGCAGCCAAAGCCACGACAUUGUUGCGAGCCCUAGUCACUUGUUUCAUCACUGCAUCCCAGCAGGUCGAAGCCAAAGAGGCCAGGCUCAACAUCACUGUCCAGAGCGACUCCGUGCAGCUGGACUGGCCAUCGUUUUGCAGAAGCGAUCCCACCGAAAGCCUCGAGUGCCUGGCUGAAAUGAUGCCUACAGGCGAAAGAGACUUCUGCGAAUGCCUGCAGCAGUGCUGCAAGCAGGAGGUGAAUCCCAACUUCACUUUGAAGAAAAGGAGAGCUUGCCAAAGGGCAGUGGCCUUGCUACUGCAAUGCUUGUGCCACCUCAUCGAAGCCAGCAGGAUGGAUGACAUCUGGAAAGAAACCGAGCUGUGGCAAAUACAGCCACUGAGGAGCCGAAAAGGCUACAAGAGGCUGAGUGGUGAACAGAAGGCAGCUGUGCUGGAGCAGACGAAGAAGCAGAACCUCAGGUCAGUAGCCACUGUGCUGGCUUCUGUACAAGGAUCGGAAGGGGGAAAGCAGCGAGGCACUCCUUUGAUUGGCAUGGAGAGGUACUCCUACUUGCAGCAAGCGAAGGUUACUUUUCGGAACUCUCGGUGGCUAAGCUUGGCAGUGGAUGGAGUUCAAGUGGGCUCCAAGUCCCUGCUGAACACCUUGGCCUGGGAUGGCGACAGCGGUUGGGCUUGCAUCUGUCCCCCACAGGCGGGUUUGUUUUAG